AGCCCGGGGAUUAAAGAGACCACACUGCACUUGGAUCUCAGAAGAGACCGGAGGGUUCGGGCGCUGGAGACCCAAAAGGAUGGCCGUGUGGAAGGGGCUACUCAGAUCCAAGAACCUCUUGCUGGCCAUUUUGGUUCCUCUCCUCCUUCUCCCUCUGCCUUUGUUGCACCCUAGUAGUGAGUCGUCCUGUGCCUACGUGCUGAUAGUCACCGCUGUGUAUUGGGUGUCGGAGGCGGUGCCCCUGGGAGCGGCGGCUUUGGUUCCAGCUUUCCUGUUCCCGCUGUUUGGGGUGCUCAAAUCCAGCGAGGUAGCGGGGGAAUACGUGAAGAACACCACCCUGCUGCUAAUGGGGGUCAUCUGCCUGGCGGCGUCCGUGGAGAAAUGGAACCUGCACAAGAGAAUUGCGCUGAGGAUGGUCAUGCUAUCUGGGGCUAAGCCGGGGAGGUUACUUCUGUGUUUCAUGUCCUGCACUGCGCUGCUCUCCAUGUGGCUCUCUAACACCUCCUCCACCGCCAUGGUGAUGCCAAUAGUGGAGGCUGUGCUGCAGCAGCUCAUCACCACCGAGGAGGAACAUGAGGGGAUUGUUCCCAGCGGAACUUCAGCAACUGAGUCAGCACAGCAGAAAGGUAAACAGAGACUGACCAUGCAGGAAACCAUAGCAACCAAUAAGCAGUUUGCUCCAUUAUAUUGUGCUUUGCCACAGACACAGAUCCUUGUGCUGCCCCCUACUGACUCUAGAGACCAGAAGGAGAAAGGGAGGUACCAGUCCCGGCACGAUCACAUGAUCUGCAAGUGCCUGUCACUCAGUGUCUCCUACGCCGCCACCAUUGGGGGUCUCACCACCAUCAUUGGGACCUCCACCAGCCUCAUAUUCCUGGAGCACUUCAAGAACCGCUAUCCUGAUGCCGAUGUGGUUCAUUUUGGCACCUGGUUUGUGUUCAGCGUGCCCAUAACUGUCAUUUUCCUCUUGAUGACCUGGGUUUGGAUGCACUGGCUCUUUCUGGGCUGCAACUUUAAGGAGACCUGCUCGCUCAGCAAGAAGGCAAAGACCAAGAGAGAGGAGCUGUCGGAGCAGAGAAUCCAGGAGGAAUAUGAAAAAUUGGGGGACAUAAGUUACCCAGAGAAAGUCACCGUCUUUUUCUUCAUCUUAAUGACAGUUCUUUGGUUCACAAGGGAGCCGGGCUUUGUGCCUGGGUGGGAGUCUUUCUUUGAGAAGAAAGGGUUCAGGACCGAUGCCACUGUCUCUGUUCUACUUGGGUUCCUGCUCUUCCUCAUUCCAUCCAAAAAACCCACGUUCCUCUGCUUUGGAAAGAAAGAACCAGGACAGGGUGAUGGCAGCGACCAAGAUGGACCCUCGGGCUCAAUGCUUACAUGGCAGGAGUUCCAGAAGAACAUGCCCUGGGAGAUAGUAGUUCUGGUUGGAGGAGGCUACGCACUGGCGGCAGGCUGUAGGACCUCAGGCCUCUCCACCUUGAUCGGGCGACAGAUGGAAUGUCUCAGCAGCCUUCCAUCCUGGGCGGUCACACUGCUGGCCUGUGCCCUGGUCUCGGCGGUGACCGAGUUCGUCAGUAACCCGGCCACCGUGACCAUCUUCCUGCCCAUUCUGUGCAGCCUGUCAGAAGCUCUGCACAUAAACCCACUGUACACGCUUAUCCCUGUUACCAUGUGUAUUUCCCUCGCCGUGAUGUUGCCAGUUGGGAACCCACCUAAUGCCAUUGUGUAUAACUACGGGCACUGCCACAUUCGAGAUAUGGUGAAAGCCGGUUUGGGAGUGAAUCUCAUUGGCCUGGCUAUCAUCAUGGUUGCCAUUAACACUUGGGGCAUCAGCCUUUUCCAACUGGAUACCUUUCCAGACUGGGCGAAGGUUGGAAACGCCACCGGGCGGUUGUGAAAGCGACGGAGGAAAAGGGUAUCUGGGACUUGGGUGUGAAAGGGGUGGAGACAGGAUUCUCAGCCAAUCUGGCAAGCACUAUGGCAGCUCUUUGUAUUUAUUGCUGCUCCCACUUGUAUUUAUUCAUCAGCAACAGUCUCUUACAGUCUGGCACUCUCAUCCUCUAUGUAUCCAUCACUAAGUGUCUCUUACAGUCUGGCACUCUCAUCCU